AUGGCGGUGAUAAUAAUUGUAACAAAAACGACGGCAAUAGCAAUAAUGGUAACAAUAAUUGGUAUUGGCAUUGGUAUUAGUAUGGGGAUUGCUAUUAAUAAUAAUAAUAUUAUUAUCAUCAUUAUUAUUUGUUAUUAUUAUCAUUAUUAUUAUUACUACCACUCCUACUACGACAAUAAUGCCGUCAUUAUUUCACUCCUUUCCUUUUCUUUUCUUUUCUUUUUUUUUUCUCAUUUAUUUACACUCCGUCAAUACCCUUUUACACACACUCAUACACAUACCACAUACGUCCGCACAAACAAACAAACAAACAAACAAUGGAUAACAAUAGUUAUUUUCUUUCUUUUUUUUUUUUGGGGGGGGGGGAGGGGAGAUUAA